CGCUGUAGUGAGCGGUGAGACCAAGAUGGCGGCCGCGCAGUGACUGAGGCGGAGACGGACAGGCCGCGCCGCGCCCCCGCCCGCCGACAGGACCGGAUCGGACCCGACCUGACCCGACAGGACCGGACGGGAGGGGGCCGGGGCCGGGGCCGGGUCGGGCCGCCCGCCCGCAACGCAGCGAGCCCGCGGAGCCAGGCCGCAGCAGCAGUAGCCGCCGCCGGCGGAGGAAGGAGAACAUGGCGGCGGAGCCGGGCCAGGAGUGAAGCCGCCGCCUGCGAGCGGAGCCCAUGGGGCGGGCUGGGCGCUGAGGCCGCCGCCGCCGGGCCGAGCAGGGGGAGAGGCCGCGCCGGCCCCGCGCUGCGAGCGGGGCAGGAGCGAGCGAGCGAGCGGCGGGGCCGUGGCCGUGGCCGGGGCCGGGCAGCUCCGCACAAUAGAGCCGGGCCGCCGCCGAUGUCCCUCUGACGCCACUCGUGCUCCCUGCCCUUGACCGGGCUGCGCCCCCUCGGCCCGCCCGGGCCAUGCGAGCCGCGGCCUGAGGAGCGCCGGCCGCUGCGUGGGGCCCUGCCCGCUGCCGCCGCCGCCGCCUCCCGUGCGGGCCGCCCCCUCCUCCUGUCUCUCCAGGUGUCCCAGGCCGGGCGGCUGCGGCGCGGCCGGCGGCAGGAUGACUGACACCCGGCGGAGGGUGAAGGUUUACACGCUGAACGAGGACCGGCAGUGGGAUGACCGGGGCACCGGGCAUGUGUCCUCUGGCUACGUGGAGAGGCUGAAGGGCAUGUCCCUGCUUGUCAGGGCAGAGAGCGAUGGUUCUCUUCUUUUGGAGUCCAAAAUUAAUCCAAACACUGCGUACCAGAAGCAACAGGACACUUUGAUUGUGUGGUCUGAAGCUGAAAAUUAUGACUUGGCACUUAGCUUUCAAGAAAAAGCAGGAUGUGAUGAAAUAUGGGAAAAAAUAUGUCAAGUUCAAGGAAAAGACCCUUCAGUAGAUAUUACUCAGGACCUUGUAGACGAAUCUGAGGAAGAACGCUUUGAUGAUAUGUCAUCACCUGGUCUAGAAUUACCAUCUUGUGAAUUAAGUCGGCUAGAAGAAAUUGCAGAACUUGUGGCAUCUUCACUGCCUUCACCGUUGCGGCGUGAAAAACUCGCACUAGCACUGGAAAAUGAGGGCUAUAUUAAAAAGCUCUUAGAAAUUUUUCAUGUGUGUGAGGACUUGGAGAACAUUGAAGGACUGCACCACUUGUAUGAAAUUAUUAAGGGAAUCUUCCUUUUGAAUAGAACUGCACUUUUUGAAGUCAUGUUUUCUGAGGAAUGUAUAAUGGACGUAAUUGGAUGCCUAGAAUAUGAUCCUUCUUUAUCACAGUCACGAAAACACAGGGAAUUUCUGACAAAAACAGCUAAAUUUAAAGAGGUGAUUCCUAUUUCUGAUCCAGAGCUGAAACAAAAAAUACAUCAAACAUACAGAGUACAGUAUAUUCAAGAUAUGGUUCUACCCACUCCCUCCGUGUUUGAGGAAAAUAUGCUGUCAACGCUUCACUCCUUUAUCUUUUUUAAUAAAGUGGAAAUAGUUGGUAUGUUACAGGAAGAUGAGAAAUUUCUGACAGAAUUGUUUGCACAGCUAACAGAUGAAGCCACAGAUGAGGAGAAAAGACAAGAGUUGGUAAAUUUCCUUAAAGAGUUCUGUGCAUUUUCUCAGACGUUACAACCUCAGAAUAGAGAUGCUUUUUUCAAAACAUUGUCUAAUAUGGGUAUACUGCCAGCAUUAGAAGUUAUUCUAGGUAUGGAUGAUGUACAAGUACGAAGUGCAGCUACUGAUAUAUUCUCAUAUUUGGUUGAAUACAAUCCAUCCAUGGUACGAGAAUUUGUCAUGCAGGAAGCUCAACAGAAUGAUGAUGAUAUUUUACUCAUUAAUCUCAUCAUAGAACAUAUGAUCUGUGACACGGAUCCUGAACUCGGGGGGGCAGUCCAACUCAUGGGUCUGCUUCGAACUCUAGUUGAUCCAGAAAAUAUGUUAGCAACUGCCAAUAAAACGGAGAAGACAGAGUUUCUGGGUUUCUUCUAUAAACACUGUAUGCAUGUUCUCACAGCCCCCUUACUGGCUAAUACUACCGAAGAUAAGCCUAGCAAAGAUGAUUUUCAGACAGCACAGCUGUUGGCAUUAAUAUUGGAAUUGCUAACUUUCUGUGUAGAACAUCAUACAUAUCAUAUAAAGAACUACAUUAUUAACAAAGAUAUCCUGCGACGAGUAUUAGUUCUUAUGGCCUCAAAGCACGCUUUCUUGGCAUUAUGUGCCCUUCGUUUUAAGAGAAAGAUAAUUGGGUUGAAGGAUGAAUUCUACAACCGAUACAUAAUGAAAAGUUUUUUGUUUGAACCUGUGGUCAAAGCAUUUCUCAACAAUGGAUCCCGCUAUAAUCUGAUGAAUUCUGCCAUAAUAGAGAUGUUUGAAUUUAUUAGAGUGGAAGAUAUAAAAUCAUUAACUGCUCAUGUAAUAGAGAAUUACUGGAAAGCACUGGAAGAUGUAGAUUACGUGCAAACGUUCAAAGGAUUGAAACUACGAUUUGAACAGCAAAGGGAAAGACAAGAUAAUCCAAAACUUGACAGCAUGCGGUCCAUUUUGAGAAAUCACAGAUACCGGAGAGACGCAAGAACUCUAGAAGAUGAGGAGGAAAUGUGGUUUAACACUGAUGAAGAUGAUAUGGAGGAUGGAGAGGCAGUGGUACCCCCCUCUGAUAAAACUAAAAAUGAUGAUGAUAUUAUGGACCCUAUAAGUAAAUUCAUGGAAAGAAAAAAAUUGAAAGAGAGUGAAGAAAAGGAAGUCCUUCUGAAAACUAAUCUUUCAGGUCGUCAGAGCCCAAGUUUCAAACUAUCCUUCUCUGGUGGUACAAAAACUAACCUUACCAGCCAGUCAUCUGCAAGUAACUUGCCUGGGUCUCCAGGUUCCCCAGGAUCUCCGGGUUCCCCAGGAUCUCCCGGAUCAGUUUCUAAAAGCACAUCUCAGAUGGCAGCUAUUACUACCAAGGGAGGCUUAGUGGGGCUUGUAGAUUAUCCUGAUGAUGACGAGGAAGAUGACGAAGAUGAAGAUAAGGAAGAAACUUUACCUUUGUCAAAGAAAGCAAAACUUGAGUCAUCAUAAUGGCAACUGCCUAAGAUCAAUACCAGUUGGGGGGAGAGUAAUUUUUCCAAAACCCACAAAAAGUAGCAAUCUUUUGUGAAUUACUGUGUAUGACACAGAUCAACCUAUACAAAUGGAUUUCUGCCAAACAAGUGCCAAUUCAAAGGAGCAGAAGAAGGGGAAAUUCUACAUUUAGGGGAAAGGACCUUUGAGCUCUCCAGCUUGGACCACACAUUGCCCUUUUCUCAGGGAAGGAAAUGGAAAAAAAAAAAAAAAAGAAAGAAAGAAAGCCAACAGGGCAGGAGUUUUGUUAGUGGAACUCUGGAUUGGCUGGUCAGUUGCUACAAUCAGAAUAUGCUUUCUUGGACCAUGUAUGAGACUUGUGAAGAAAAGGCUCUUUUGCCAUAAUUCUUCACUAGUUAAGAAUGCCAGCAGUUUCUUUAUAUAAAGAGACCUGCCUUUGAAAUCAUACAUUCUGAACAUUUUAGUCAAGCUACAACAGGUUUUAAAAACCUCUAUGGGGAGGGCCGAAUAUAAAGUUUCUUCUUUUUUUUUCUUUUUUUUUUUUUUUAAUCUGUUCCCUUUUGCCCUUUAAACUGCAGAAUUUUUUGGAGGUGGGGGAUUUGUCUGUCCCUUCUUGAUUAAAGAUUGAGUGGAAUUCUAGAUGUGGUCACUUUUGUGUCAUAAUUUUUAUUUUUUUUUUUAUUUUUUUAUUUUUUUUUUUUUGCCCCCUGAGUGUAUGCUUAGUUGUUGAGUAUAUAUUUGGGACCAUUAAAAAAAUUUUGAUGUAAUAUAAUCUCACUGUUGUGCUGGUACCUGUUUCACCCUGUGUAAUUUUGUUCUGCAUCACAGUUCUUAAUAUGUUUAGGAUUUUAUGGAAGAUGGUAUAGUUUUUAUUGAAAAAAAAUGACUCUUGCCACAAUGUGCAUAAAAAGCAAUACUAUUUUGUGACUAAAUAUUUUAUAUUAAACUUUACAUCAGCAACUGUCUUGAGAAACUAUUCAGGGAAAUAGGGUGGAAUAGAAAAGGUGAAGAAACCUUAUAAGUAUGAAAUUAGUAUUCCAAAGAGACUUCAAAAUUUCAUAACUGAAAACAAUGAUAGUAAACUAACAAAUCAAAAUAGAGGAUGGAUGAUUUAGGAAUAAUACUAUAUUGACACAUUUGACUUCUAAAAAUAAAAAAGAAUAAUCAAAAGUGAAGAAAAAACUGCUUUUAUUGGUAUUUUUUUAAACCUCUUAUUCCCUUUGGAAUACCAGUUUUAGUGAUAUAGACGAUGGUUCCAGAAUUACUUAGCAAAAUACCAUCUAUUGAAAUCUAUUCUGAUAUCUAAUUGAAAAACAGUAAUUAAACUUUGAUUGCAACUCA